CUGUGGGAAAUUCGUAGUCGAUUUCCAACUCCGAAGUAGACGACAAUGCGAACCUUUAUUCUUGUGACUUUGGUCGCUCUCGUGGCUGUGGCCAUUGCCCAGGGUCCGCCACCUCCACCACGUGGUGCAGGCGGACCAGGACCAGGUGGUCCAGAUGGUCCAGGAGGUCCAGGAGGUCCAGGCGGUCCAGGCGGUCCACCUGGUGGUCCCGGCGGCGAGGGUGAAUUUGGAGGAGCUCUCGUUGGUGGCGGCCGUGGAGGCGGCGGCGGUGGUCGCGGAGGUGGCGGCGGUGGUCGCGGAGGUGGCGGCGGAGGUCGUGGAGGCGGCGGUGGUCGCGGAGGUGGCCAUGGAGGUGGCCAUGGAGGUGGCCAUGGAGGACAUGGUCCACCAGGUGGUUGGGGUCCACCACCACCGCCACCACCACGUCGCUCCAGCACCACGGAGAGCACCAGCAGCAGCAGCAGCUCCAGUUCGAGCAGCAGCUCCAGUUCCAGCACAAGCACUACGUCCACGACUUCCACAACCACCGACUCGACGAGCACUAGCACCACUGCAAGUACCGCCACCACAUAGAUGGAUGUCCGGCACUCUAAUGAUCCUGCUGCUCUUCGGCAUCGAGCGGCAGCAAGCUCGCUUUUCGUGUUGAAAUAAAAAAACUUUGAUUAUGCA